CUGUCUCACUGCCAACCAGUGACCGACGCUGGGGAUGUCCACAGGAGUCCUGGAUUCUCCUGCAUCAUUAUUCUACUUGGAAUAUAUGUUCAUUUAUACAUAAAUAUAUACUUAUAUAUUACAAUACAUAACUAUAUGUAAAUCUGAGGACCGAGGUCGACACAGAGGAGUUGCGCAACCGAAAGCAAAGAGUUCUUCCCCCUCGAGUUUGACGAGCACCUGCGAGUUUGAACUACAAUUCCCAGAAUGCAGCGGGACCAACCCAAACUUUUGUCUGCUUUUGAUUGGGCCAUUUUGAGACUUCUCCCCAUCUGUUUCUUCAGCAGCUACAGCUACACUUGUUAUAUAGUUAUGGUUAUUUGAGUGUAUAUCUCUCCAUCUUUCAGUUAUUCUUCUUUGGGAGAUCUAGAAAUAUGAGCAGCAAGAAACUAAGACGAGUGGGUUUCUCACAAGAGCUGUGUGACCGUUUGAGCAGACAUCAGAUUGUUAAUUGCCAGGACUUUUUAGAUCUCUCCCCACUGGAACUUAUGAAAGUGACCGGCCUGAGUUAUGGAGGUGUCCAUGAGCUUUUGUGUAUGGUCAGCAGGGCCUGUGCUCCACAGAUGCAAACAGCUUAUGAGAUAAAGAUGCGGAGGUCUGCUGGUCCCUCCCCAGCGUUCCUAUCUACUACCCUUUCUGCUUUGGAUGAAGCCCUGCAUGGUGGUGUGGCUUGUGGAUCUCUCACAGAGAUUACAGGUCCACCCGGCUGUGGAAAAACUCAGUUUUGUAUAAUGAUGAGUGUUUUAGCUACAUUGCCCACCAACAUGGGAGGAUUAGAAGGGGCUGUGGUGUACAUUGACACAGAGUCUGCGUUUACUGCCGAAAGACUGCUCGAGAUCGCAGAAGCCCGUUUUCCACUCCAUUUUAACACUGAAGAAAAAUUGCUUCUGAUGAGCAGCAAAGUCCAUCUUCACCGGGAGCUCACCUGUGAGGGGGUUCUACAAAGGCUUGAAUCUUUGGAGGAAGAGAUUAUUUCCAAAGGAGUUAAGCUUGUGAUCGUUGACUCUGUUGCGUCUGUGAUCAGAAAGGAGUUCGAUCUGCAGCUUCAAGGCAACAUCAAGGAAAGGAAUAAGUUCUUGGCCAAAGAAGCUUCCUUAUUGAAGUACCUGGCUGAGACAUUUUCACUCCCAGUUAUCUUGACGAAUCAAAUUACGACCCAUCUGAGUGGAGCCCUCCCUUCUCAAGCAGACCUGGUGUCUCCGGCUGAUGAUUUGUCCCUGUCUGAAGGCACUUCUGGAUCCAGCUGUGUGGUAGCCGCACUAGGAAACACAUGGAGUCACUGUGUGAACACCCGGCUGAUUCUCCAGUACCUUGAUUCAGAGAGAAGGCAGAUUCUUAUUGCCAAGUCCCCUCUGGCUUCCUUCACCUCCUUCGUCUACACCAUCAAGGGAGAAGGCCUGGUUCUCCAAGGCCAAGAGAGGCCAUAGGGAUACUGUGACCUUUGUCUAGAGCUGAUGGGGGUGUGAUUUGUGAAAUGAAACAAGACCAAGACGGGUGCUGCCUGCAAAAAGGAAACGGAAGCCAACAUAAUGAGGAGUAAUUGGUUGAUUGCCAUUGAGAUGGCAACUGUGAUUUCAGACCCGGAAGGGAAGGUGAAGAUGAAGAAGGCUUUGUCCGGUCUCUAGAUGUGGGGGGCUAGGGGCUGUACACGGUGGGGUAUCAGCAGCCAUAAUAAUAAUUUGCACUUACAUAACACUUUUCACCCAUGCACCUCAAAGUGGUUUAACCACAUUAAUUAAUUAAACCCCACAAUCCCCCUGGGGAGAGGAGGAGGAGGACUAACAAGAUUUGUAAUUACAGAAGGGAACAUUUCCGAAUAAAGUAUUGUCCAGCAAAUAAAAAGAAUAGGUGCAAAAGAAUUGGGGUCUCCAAAGAGUAACUGAUUCACAACUGAAAGCAUGGAACCAUGGGGGACACCGGAGGCGGGCGUGGAGGUGGGGGUCUGCUCUUGUGUCAGAGGGAGGUCGGUGGCCUCAGAACUCACUGACAGGCUCAGAUCCAGCUCCGAAGCAAAGCAUGCAUGGUAUUAGUGUUGUCUGGAAGGUCAUUAGUGGCGUAACUAUUGUAAGUAUAAAUUCACGUUCCACUGGUAUAUUGUGUGUAGCCUUGCAGAACAAAGAGUGAGAUUCUUGCAGAAUUUAAUAAAGGAUGAAGUGAUUUCUUUA